UCUGAUGCGGCAGGUUUUGCGCGUGGUCUGUUGUUUACUUCUUCCAGGAACGGUGAAGCGCAGCCGGAGAGGAGGGGGUCGGCAAAUUGUGAAACAGCUUUCCUGGAUAGAGUUACCGUGGGGGGGUGAGAAGACGCGCAGGUCGACGUUAACGCCGGAAAAAUGUCGAACUCAAUUCCCUGAUGUUUCCAUCUUCAGAGGCUCUAAACAGCGCGGUACCUGAACAACGAGAAUGCUGCAGCUUGGAAGUCUGCUGACCCAGCUUCAUGUCACCUCCAAAGCUCCAGAAAGUGCCCGUGACCAAAGCCCAAAGCAGACACCGACAGUACCUGACUUUUUAAGAAGCGUUACGAAACUCACCGGGAUGAGAAAGGAAGAUGUUUACUGUAAUCUGCGUGUCUCCGACCAGUUUCAGACAGCCAGGGAUGACAUCAAUCUUGUUAUCCUCACAGGUCAUGGGAUCUUCUGCAUAGAUGUUAAACCCUGGAGAGGCACAGUGUCUGCUCACAACCAAAACUGGCAUGUGCAAGUGAAAGAAGAGGACCAGAACUUUACCAAUACCUGCAUUGAGCAGAUGGAAGAUCCACUCAAAGCUAUCAUGACUAAGACAGCUAACUUGUGCAGCCAUUUGAAGAGGAGCGGAGUGUCUGUUCGCCAAAGUCUCUUCUUCCCCAGAGUCAUCUUCCUUUCUCCAGAAUGCGAGCUGGAUAAGGAGCUGAGGAAGAAGAGGGAGCUGGUCUCCCACAGCCAAAUAGAUGACUUUCUCGGAUCUUUCAAAGAGGGCUAUGUCGCCUGGAUAUCAGAUGCGCUGACUCCCUCGUGGAUCUCUGGUCAUCUGUCGUAUAGGCAGAUGGAGUCAGUGCGGGAGGUCCUGAGGAGGGUGGGAACGUGGGAUCUGCUGCAGCUGCACUGUGGCGAGCAGCUGAGAGGUGAUUUCCAGAGCUGCCCGUAUGUUGCGCUCAACCGCCAGGAGACGGACACCCUCGAGUUUUCCAGAGUCAAGACCCUUACUGCUGACUCAUUUUGGGCCCUGCUGGGACACGCUCCUCAGGUAACAGUUAAAAUGUAUAAGCGUGGAUCUAACAGCUGGCUGGGGAAAUCCCUGAAUGCCACCACCACCAUCCCCUCCAAUACAUUUGUGAUCUUCAGGAUCAGUGGCGAAGAAACCGAUGCUAAAAUCCCAGCAAACACCAUUCACAGCAUCACACUCAGCAUAUGACCAUGUGUGUGAGAUAAUACAAAGAGGAUCGCCAUCACAACAUGGCACUGAGGAAGAAUAAAAAAUGGUUAUUUGUGUGUAACAUUUUUAUUUUAGAUUUUUUCUUUUUUAACUGAGUGCCUUUUACCAUGUAGCAUUUGUAUUGUGCAGUGUUGUAGGAAUUGCAGGUGUCUUUAUGUGAGCAUGUAUUUGAGGGGGAGUCCCAUUUGCCAAUUUUCCUGAUUCUCCUUAGUGGCAAUAUUAUGUUAAUGAAGAUGGUUUCAGACAAUUAGCAUGAUUAGCUUUCUCUUGUUUUGAAUUUCUAGGGCUGGCCCACACUUUACACUAGCCAUUAAUUAAUCAUUAUGCAAGCUGAUUGUGUCACAUCGAUUCAGGACUGAAGUGUUUAAUGUGUUAAUUGUGGCGGUUAAAAACUGGUGGCCUCUGGCACAUCGAGGGCUGAGCAUGUAACUGCCUCCGUGGGUUUAAUGGGAAGUUAUUUACGGUCUGUUUAGACAGUGGAACUGUAAGGUGCUUUAUUAAUAUGCUCCACCGCACAGAGGAGAUGAUAACUAUUCAAGAGCACACAGGCGCAGCCACCAGCACCAUUCAUAACCGUGUCUGAGUCACUUUCCAUCAGUUGCCCAGGCUUACACAGCUGCGCUAACAGCUAGCAAUUGCAUUUACUGGGCCUGGCAGUGGUCAAAAUGAAGUUAUUUCCAACAGGAUAUCAGUGCCUUUAGCUAACAGCUCUCUCUGUUGAUGGUAUCUUUCUGUAUGGCAUGUCUACCUGAAACAUCAUUACACUGUACUCAAGCUACACACUUUUUCAAAUGUCUGUUUACUGGGUUACUUUAGUGGUACAACCAUCACUUUGUUGUUUACAUUGGUUGCUGCACAUUUUUAAGAUUGUUUUUUUGCGGUUUGAGUCAACAUUGCUUGAGAUUAUAGGUGUGUUCAUGAAUGUAUUGUCUUUACAUAUUUAAACCUACAAUAGUCCUCAGGAACUGUUUUCUCCACAGCACUUGACAAAACAAUAUUGGCAGUAUCAGAUGGUCUGCUAUGGGAAGGACUUAAAGGGAAUUACUGUGUGGAUAUCUGAUCAGUGGUGGGUGCAUGCAUGUUUUACUGUAAUUUCAUUAUACAUUGAACCAUGCUUCCCAGUUGAUUGAUUCAAGCAUGUUUGUUUUAUUCAUUGGUGUGUGGGGUUUUUUUUAAUUUUUUUUUUUUUAGCUUCUUAAGUGUUUUUUAAAAGGUUUGUACCAUGUGUUGUAAUAAAGAGAUUUGAUUAUU